AUGGGUGGAGAUUACGGUCCCCCUGUAACCGUUGCGGGCGCGUUGGCAGCUUUGGAUGCUCACCCCGAAAUACACGUAACGUUCGUGGGGGAUCCCGACCAGAUCAGCACUGAAAUCAAGAACCAUCGCGCGGAAACCGAUCGCAUUGCGGUUGUGCCGUCGGACGGGAAAAUCUCGGACGAUGAGCAUCCGGUCGCAGCGUUGCGGCGUCGGCCGCGGUCUUCGAUUGCGGUUACCACCCACUUGCUGAAGUCGGGCGCUGCCGACAUGGCGGUAUCGGUAGGUUCAACAGGCGCCACCAUGGCGGCGUCGGUGUUUGCACUCGGCCUUAUGGAAGGAUUGGAACGCCCCUGCAUCGGUGGCAAUUUUCUUGGUCUGGCGCCCGAUACCACGGUGAUCGACCUGGGAAGUAAUGUGGAUUGCCGGCCGCCUCAGAUGGUGAGUUUUGCCGCCCUUGGUGUCGCGUUCUCGCGUCAUUACCUGGGCAUCCAAUCUCCCCGAGUUGCGUUAUUGAGCGUCGGUGAGGAAGCCGCCAAGGGGAACCGGCAGGUGCAGGACACUUUCACCCUUUUGGAAAAGAGCCAUCUCAACUUUGUCGGUAACGUUGAAGGGAUGGAUUUUUUCACCGAUAAAGCUGACGUAAUAGUGUGUGACGGGUUCAUCGGCAACAUACUCAUUAAAUUCGCCGAAGGGUUGGGCUCGGUAUUUCGCCCAUUCCUGCAACGACAGUUGGCCUCAACGUUCCCCGAAGGCGCGGUUACCCGUAUCACGGAUGCAAUUUGGCAAUCCACCAACUUGCCACGUACGAUGGGUGGGCCCCUCUUCGGCAUCAACGGCCUGGUCAUGAUUGGCCACGGUUCCUCCGGGCCCGAGGGGAUAUCUGGAGCGAUAGAAACGGGGCUCCUGUGCCAUCGCAUCGGCCUGGUAAACGGGUUCCGCCAGGAAUUGUCGCGGUUGGAUAUGGCGAUCAUGUUAGAAUCCGGCGAGUGA